UUUAUAUUUUUAUUCAAGCACACCUAAGAAAUGGAUAAACAAUAUUCUUGUGACCCAUGUGAGGGAGAGACGAAAGCUAUAUAUUACUGUGAUGAAUGCGAGGAGUACCUAUGUGAUGACUGCACUAAGUCUCACAAAAAGAUGAAAGCCACGAAAAAACAUGAACUCAUAGAAGCAGACAAAGCCAAAUACCAACUGAUGAAGACGAAAACAAAGCAAGAAGAAAAGGUUAUACCUGGUAGACCAAAAGCGUCAGAAAUACUAGCAGACGCAAUUACGUUAGUAUGGGAUGCUCCAACAAAGUUUGGAGACAAGGAUUGUUACCAGCUUUACUUCAAAGAUAUGGGUGGUGACCGGAAGUGGAAGCCGUAUCAAGGAGAGUACUAUACUGCUUCUGCUAACCUCUCCGACCUGAAGUCAAACGCUACGUAUAUUUUCCGUGUAAGGAUAAUAUAUGAUGAUGGAGAAGAGAGUCCGUACAGUCCAGAGAGUGAAGAAAUACAAACGGCUGCAUCCCUGGCGACAAGGAUGUUACAAAAGGCAAAGCAAGUAAAGGGUGAUGAUAUACCUCCAAUCAAGUAUUCCAUCCCACUUACCGAAAUUGUUUCUGCUCGAAAUAAGCGUGCAAAGACGAGAAAGUUCGAAAUUGGUCAAAUCACUUUCCCCUGUCCGAUGUGGGUUCGAAACCUCUAUUGUGAUGUAGAAUUUUUCAUGUUAAGAAGCCAGCUGAGAAGCGAUCCAUCUGGCUUACGGAACGCCGGUCUUUCUAUCGAAGUGCCUGUCCUUGAUGAAAUGAUGCCCGGAGGGACUCCUGGGUCCUUCCUUCACUUUGCAUGGUAA